UUAAUUUAGAGAUCAUGACCAUACUCCACACAUGCACCAUUCAAAAAACACGCGCCGCCAUUAACCGCCUUCACAUCCUCUUCCAUUCAUCCUUAAUAAUUCUCCUUUUUUAUUACAGACUCUCCCACCUCGCCGCCGGCGCCGUCGCCGUCCUCCCAUGGGCUCUCAUAACCACCGCCGAACUAAUAUUCUCUUUCAUUUGGAUCCUCACUCAACCCUUCCGAUGGCUGCCCGUCGUUCGAACGGUUUUUCCUCAAAAUCUCAACAAUAACCUUCUUCCCGGUCUAGAUGUCUUUAUUUGCACCGCCGAUCCGAUCAAGGAACCGGUGGUGGAGGUGAUGAAUACAGUUAUCUCCGCCUUGUCUCUUGAAUAUCCGCCGGAUAAACUGGCGGUUUAUAUCUCCGAUGAUGGUGGGUCACCGUUGACUCGAUAUGCGGUUAAGGAAGCUUUUGGAUUUGCUGAGAUUUGGGUGCCGUUUUGUAGAAAGUAUUUGAUAAAGACGAGAUGUCCGGAGGCUUUCUUUUCGCCGUUGGCUGAUGAAGAAAGGAUGGUUUUGGGUGAUGAAUUUAAUGAAGAUCAACUUAGUACCAAGUGUGCAUACGAAGAGUUCAAGAACAAUAUAAAGAACAAGGCCUGCAAAUUGAAGCAACUAAUCACGCAUGACCGACCUUCUCACGUUGAGUUCUUUUUUUUACUAUGUAAGGUGAUACAUGAAAAUAAAGGAGGGAAUGAAGAGAACAUCAAUGAGCAAUCCAAGUUGCCUCUUCUUGUCUAUGUUUCCCGCGAACGAAGACCAUCGAGUCCUCAUCGUUUCAAGGCCGGAGCCCUUAACGCUCUACUCCGAGUUUCGGGGAUAAUGAGCAAUGGACCAUAUGUAUUAGUAUUAGACUGUGACAUGUAUUGUAAUGAUGCAACAUCAGCUAGGCAAGCAAUGUGCUUCCAUCUUGACGAAAAUAUGUCUUCUUCUCUUGCUUUCGUUCAAUACCCGCAAAUCUUCCAUAAUGUUGGAAAAAAUGAUAUUUACGAUGGCCAAGCUAGAUCGGCUUAUAAGACCAAAUGGCAAGGAAUGGAUGGACUAAGAGGCCCUCUUUUUACUGGCACGGGUUAUUACGUGAAGCGCAAAGCUUUGUAUGGUUAUCCUAACCGAGAGGAUAUUUUUCUUCGUGAGGCGGAAAGGAAUUUUGGUUGGUCUUCAGAGUUGAUUACUUCGCUAAAAGGCGAAAAUCAAAAGAAAUCCUAUACGGAGACAUUACAAGAAUCCAAGAGGCUCACUUCAUGCAUUUUUGAGGAAGGAACUCAAUGGGGAAACGAGGUCGGGUACUCGUACUAUUGCUUGCUAGAGAGCACGUUUACGGGCUACCUCUUACAUUGCAAGGGUUGGAAGUCGGUCUACCUCUACCCAAAUCGUCCAUGCUUUUUAGGGUGCGCACCUAUCGACAUGAAGGAUGCAUUGGUCCAACAAAUGAAAUGGAGCUCCGGCCUUUUACAAGUCGGAGUCUCGAAGUUUAGUCCCCUCACUUAUGGAAUAUCAAGAAUGUCCACACUCCAAAGCAUGUGUUAUGGGUACUUCACCUUAGUAACCUUGAACGCAAUUGCUCUCGUGAUCUAUGGGACCGUCCCUCAAUUAUGCUUCCUUGGUGGCGUUCCCGUUUACCCUAAUAUUAGUAGUCCAUGGUUCGCGGUUUUCGCAUGCAUAUACUCUUCGGCACUUAUCCAACACUUGUACGAGGUUAAGUCAUCCGGUGGUUCGAUCAAGACGUGGUGGAACGAGCAAAGGAUGUGGGUGAUAAGGUUAGUCACGGGGUGUCUUUUUGGGGUGGUUGAUUUUGUUAUGAACUACUUAGGGUUGUCGAAAGCAAAGUUUCGGUUGACAAACAAGGCGAUGGAUAAGGAGAAGGUGGAGAGGUACGAGAAGGGGAAGUUUAACUUGGAUGGAGCCGAGGUUUUCAUGGUUCCUAUGACAUUGUUGGUGGUUGUGAAUAUGGUUAGUUUGGUUGGAGGAUUUGGAAGGAUGGUUUUGAGUUGGGAUGGAGGUUUAAGUCUAAUGGAGAUGUUUGGGCAAGUCAUUGUUUGUUGUGUGGGGUUGAUUAUAAGUUAUCCUGUCCUUGAAGGGAUUUUAUUAUCAAAAAAAUGAUAAUUAGAUCCUUGAAUAAUGUUU